AUGCAAGCCAGAUUUCGGUCCCUGGAGUUGCCCCAAGGAAGGCGCCAGAAGAGCUGUGUGUACCUCCUUCCGUGGCCAAUCAACGCUGGAGGCUUGGCUGCAGGGGGUGUGGUACCUACGUACUCUACCUACCACCUGGAGCAGAACUUACGCAGCUUACAGGUUGCCUUGGAGCUCCCCAAGCCUCGCCCGGACCUCACCAGCUGCAUCGAGACGCCAACCUCACCUCCAUUCCACCCACGCCUUCGCAAGCCCGCUCAUACCAGCCCUUCCGACUCAGACAACACAUCGUCAGACCUACACCCGCCAAUUUCGUCCCAGGGUCGUGCCUUGGCUCAGUCAGAAAACCAAGAUGACGGCGGCGCCUGCGUCGCGAUGGUCGGCAAGGACUGCGUCGCCAUCGCCUGCGACCUGCGACUCGGCCUCCAAGCCCUGACCGUCUCCAACAACUUCCCCAAGAUCUUCAGCUACGGCGACAGCGUAUACCUGGGCCUGACCGGCCUGGCCACAGACGUGAACACCGUGUCCGACCUGUUCAGGUACAAGGUGAACAUGUACCGCCUGCGAGAGGAGCGCGCCAUCGCACCAACCACCUUUGCCAACCUGGUCUCGAGUUCGCUGUACGAGAAGCGGUUCGGCCCUUACUUCGUCAGCCCCGUGGUUGCUGGUCUGGAGCCCAAGACGGGGAAGCCAUUCAUCUGCGGCUUCGACAGCAUUGGGUGCAUUGACUUUGCCAAGGACUUCAUCGUGAGCGGUACGGCGACGGAGCAGCUUUUUGGCAUGUGUGAGAACCUGUGGGAGCCUGAUCUGGGACCCGAUGAGCUGUUUGAGACCAUCUCCCAAUCCCUACUGAACGCCGUCGAUCGGGAUGCUUUGUCUGGUUGGGGUGCACACGUCUACAUCAUCGAAAAGGACAAGGUGACAAAGAGGCUACUCAAGGGACGACAAGAUUAA